UGGGGAUUGACAUGUCUUGUGUUACAGGUCCUCUUGAUCAUUUGGUUCAGGAUCUGGAAUAGAUUCAACUUGAUCCUACAAGGAUCACCUUCUGUUAUCACUGAUAACAGAUUUGAUUGUCUGCGAUCACACAUAUAUAUAUGGUUGUGAGGAGUUUCGUUGUGAUUGUGAGAAGUGAUCGUCACAUACUUAUUCCCCUUUACAUAUGUGUGCUAAUUGAUUGAUUGUUUUCGUUAAAAAAGGGGGGGCAUGCAGGAGCUGGAUGAUCCGAACUACAACUAUGGUGCGACGCAUUGGCGGGAAAAAGCGGAGGCGAUUUUACACCGAGGAGUGGGAUAUGCGCUGGCGAAGGAGUUUUUGCAAGCUGGUGACAAUGUGAUCAUCUGCUCCAGGUCUGGUGAUAGAGUGGAGCAAGUGUGCAAGGAGCUGAAGGAGCAGUUUGGGGACAAAAGAGUCUGGGGGACAGCAUGCAACGUGGCAGAUGCGAAGGAUGUGGAGAAACUCGCGUUGUUUGCAAAUGAAAAGCUUGGAUAUGUGGAUCUUUGGAUCAAUAAUGCAGGAACAAAUGGCUAUGAGGCUAAAGCUCUUAUUGAUACGUCAGACGAGGUGUUAACGGAAGUUGUCGCGACAAAUAUGCUAGGGGUCAUAAUCUGCUGUCGAGAGGCCAAGUUUUUCGUGAAUGUCUUGGCAGAGCCGGCGGCUACGGUGGCGGACUACUUGGUUCCCAGGCUUAGAAAAGUUCCAACCACAGCUGGUGGACAAAGCACCUACAUCAGAUUCUUGACGAAACCGAGGGCGUACUUUCAGAUCAUACUGCGCCUACUUUUCAAGUUGAGGAAAGACCGAUAUGUUAAGGAAGACAGUUGAAUAUCUGUCUGUCUGGCUUGGAACUUUUGACCGAUUCAGGAAAACAGCUAAAUGUCACGUUUGCUGGGAGAACAACUCUUCAAGGAAAAAAGUUGAAAGUUGAACUUGCGACAUUCAACUUUCAACUUGUUUCAAGUUUUUUCAACUUUCAAUCAAAUUUGAAAUUUCAAGUGUCAAUCAAAAUUUUCAAGUGUCAAUCAAAUUUCAAGUUCCAAUCAACUUUCAUGUUUCAUGUUUCGAGUUUCAAUUUUCAAGCAUAGCGUUCAUGGUUAUCUAGAUUAUCUAUACGCAGUUUUGCAGUCCGGAUCCAAAUGCCGAACCGGAUUAUUCAAGACCUAAUCAUUCGGAAUUCUGGAAAAUUCAAAAACCUUAAGAAGAAGAGAAAAGGGGCAUGUCGCGCGUAUCAAAUAAAGCACAAAUAUGUCC